GAAAGCGUGUCGAGUGCUUUGUAUCGCUAAUACUAAGCCACCCAGCCCUGAAGAAGUGAGAGCAUUCAACUCACCUUCCUCACCAAACACCACCUAAAAGCAUUCGUUUCAGACCAUCCUCUCCACAAAGAAAGCUGGCAUGUGGUGGUGGAAGCAGUAGCAGUAGCAGCCGCCUUCUGGUGCUUGUUUUACUUGACAGGUUACGAGGUCCUUAUCACGGCCAAUUUAUUUGGACUCUUUCCCAACUCGACUCGUCGCCGUUCAAUCACUGUUUGGAGAGAAGAGAGAGGAUAGAGUAGCUCCAUCUUUUGCAUGCUAAUCAUCAAAAUCGCCUCUCAGUCUUUCUGCAAGACAAGAAUUGCAAACUUUUGGAGGUUCCACUGAAGUAGGAGGCGGCCGGAACCGGAGAGGUUAAGUCACAAGAUGAAGCCCAGGAACACCAGCCGUGGAAAGCCGCAAAGUUGCUGUUUUGGAUUGCUGGCCGUAAUCUUUCUGAUCUCGCUGAGCUACUUUACCAUGUCCAAAACCAGCAUGUUGCGCUUCUCCGUUGUGAACUCUCAGCUACCGCCGAUGACGAACGGGAAUACCUCCGACAUGGCAUCUGAUGUCCAUCCUGUGACGGAAGAUUCUUCGAUCCGUUCUCAAGGACUAGAAACAGAGGAGGCGGAAUUGGGAAGAAGCCUGGCUUGUGAGCUGAAAGAUGGUCAGUGUGAGACGGGUCACGGUAGGAUGGUGGUUAAGAAUUCUUCAACCGUUGUUGAUCAAGAUCCGACAAGAGUGAUGGCUAGCUCAGAUGAAUUAGUUUUUAAUGAAGAAGAAAGACAUGAUAAUGCAAAGCCUGGGAGGAAACCAAUAUGUGAUCUUUCAAACACAAAAUCAGAUAUCUGUGAAGCAGAUGGAGAUGUUAGAAUUAUCGGCAAGGAUACCCGCAUGAUAUAUGUUGCAAACUCUGAAUUCAGCAACAGAGAAACAGGUGAAUCUUGGACCAUCAAACCUUAUGCUCGUAAGUGGGACAAAGGCUCAGGUGCUAAAGUUCGGGAGGUAACGAUGAAACUAGUGAAGAGUCAUGGAGAAGAUAAACACUGCGAUGUUAAUCAUACUAUCCCAGCUUUGGUCUUUGCGAUUGGUGGAUGGACUGGAAAUUUCUUUCAUGACUUUGCUGAUGUGUUGGUUCCUCUCUUCGAGACUUCGUACCAUUUUGAAGGCGAGGUCCAAUUUCUCAUAGCAAACAUCAAACCGUUGUGGAUCAACAAGUACCACAAAUACUUUGAGAAGCUCUCACGGUACGAAAUCAUCGACUAUGACAAUGACGAUAGAGUGCAUUGCUUCAAGCAAGUGACUCUUGGACUCCGGUGCGACCAAGGUGACUUUACAAUCAACCCCUCGAAAGAUCCUUUUGGUUAUACCAUGGCCGACUUCACCAAGUUCACAAGAAGUGCUUACUCACUGAAGAGAGAUCAUCCAGUGCGGCCAGGUGAACAAGCUGGUAAGAAGCCAAGGAUAUUGAUCGUAACAAGGAAGGCGACCCGAAAAUUCACGAAUGUAAAGGAGAUAGUUCGUAUGGCUAAGAAGGUGGGCUUCAAUGCAGUGGUCACUGAGGCAGAUGCCAACAUUACUAGAUUUUCGCAGGUGGUGAACUCAUGCGAUGUGAUGAUGGGUGUUCACGGAUCAGGACUUACUAAUAUCGUCUUCCUUCCAACACACUCUGUGGUGAUCCAAGUAGUCCCUUGGGGCAAUCUAGAUUGGAUAGCUGGUAAUUACUUCAGAGAUCCUUCCAGGCAAAUGAAACUGCACUAUUUGGAAUACAGUAUCAAUGAGGAAGAGACUACUCUGUCGGAGUUGUAUCCAAGAGACCAUGCAGUGUUCAAAGACCCAAUGUCGCUUCACCAUCAAGGAUGGGAUACAUUUUCCAGGAUUUUCCUGGUUGAGCAGAAUGUGAAGCUUGAUGUGAGGAAGUUUAGGCCUGUCCUGGAACAUGCUCUUCAACUUCUCCGUGAGCAGCAGUACAGAUGAAUUUAUCUGCUUAUCAUCAGUGAGCAGGUUUCAUUACCGUGCAUUCAGUUCUUAGCGAAAGGUGAUAAGUUGCUGGUUGAUUUAUUCAUUUAUACUAGCUGUUUCGAAGUGAGAUAGGAGAUACUAUAAUGUUGAUAUGGCUCACAUUGCUUUCUUGUUGAAACAUUGUCAGGUAUGUAAGUAUUAAAAUACAUAUUUGGUUCUGCAUUCUUUUCCAGAAAUAAUUAAAUGUUACAUUCCAUGGAAGUGUUUUGUGACAUCUCUGACCUAUGCCCUGGCUGCUGACAAUCUGCAUUCUAAACUGUGGCAAGCUUGGUUCUAAGCUACUAGUUUUGUUGGGAUUUCUCCUACUUUUUCCUAAAAAGAGUAUAUUAACAGCACAAAAAAGGUUUCAUAUCUUAAGAGCCUUUUUUCACUAUUUGGUUACUUCAUAAAGGAAAAUUUUUUAGAGGUCAAGUUUUAAAUGUGGAGUUUAUUCAUUGCUUGCAUAGUAAAAAUUGAGUUCCAUGGAACUAUUAACAGUCUUGAGGGGAAGAAAAAGAGUUAAACAUCAUCCCUGAAUAAGAAUUCAAUAAAAAUAUAUGAGAUUUCCCUUCCUUUUCUGCCCAUGCUAACUUAAAGAAACCCACAUGUACAACAAGCAUAUUAUCACAAGAAAACAGUAGCCAUCCUAAAGAUAGUGUUUGCAUGAUUUUUGGUUUGUCAGUAUGAAACUGUACAAGAUUUUAAAGCGUAAAUUACCUGAUUUCACUGAUUUUUCACUUGGUAGGCCCCAGCUUUAAGUGACCUUUUGCCAUUACUUUGUUACUUUUUGUGAAUGAGUAAUGCACUGAAGGACAAAGAGCCCUUUUGUUGGUUGUAUCAUGGCACUUGGUUUCUGAUUUCUGUCAUUGGUAUGCAACUGAUGUAAAUGAUUAAAGUAUGCAUGGAUCAAGGACCCUUUGAGAUCCACCACCUACAUUUAGGGCUGCAUGAUUGUGGUGAAUUUGGCAGUCCCCAGCCUGAAAUGCUAAUCAUGUGGCAUUGAUCUGUAGCUGCAACUUGAGGACAAGGGUAGAUGAUCAUUAUUUGUGUCUCAUGGUGGGACUCCUAAACCAAUGUUGUUAGCCUGUCUUAUGUAGUACAAAUUAUCAAUCAUGGUUUUUUUGAAGAUAGCCUUUGAACCCCAUGGAAGGCAGGUUUUUAAGUCAUGGACCCAAAGGGAUUCUUACUUGUUUUCACCCCUUCUUUAAUCUUGUUAGAUAAACCAAGGCAAUGAUCUUAAUUAGAUAAAGUUUUAGCACUUUGUCUGAAGUUUUGACUGCACUAACGAAGCUGAGUCAGGUCAAACUUGGGUAAUUGGCAACUGAUGUCACCUGGCCAAACAGCUUAAUAUUUUGUCCAGCAGCUGAGAACUCAACGCUUUAGUAGGUUGUUGAUUGAUUAGGGACGCCGAAGCAAGAAACAUAUCCAACCUGACCUCUUUUUACCACUUAUCAAAGUGCAUAUAAUUAUAUUUUACAUGAACCCGGCAGAUCCAUUUGAUUUCAAAUUGGUGCACAACCCGAGUAUGGCACACCACGGAAGCCUGAUCAUUUCCACUGUCUGCCUAAACCUAGCCUGAACAUAUCUUUUACAACUCUUUGUUUUUGCGAAAGCCAUAGCAACUCAAAUACUUGAUGUUUAAUGAUUGUGUGGCUUUUGUUUGUAUCAUUCUAAAUGACUUGGCACUCGGCAAGGUUUUUUUUUUUUUUUUUUCUCAUUUAAUAUGUACAUGAGUGAGCAUAUGGAAAAAAGAUCAACAUUUUUGACACGCAUGACCUGAUUUGGUAGGUCCAAUGAAAUCAAUAGUUUCAUAUCCAUAUUUUUUUUAAUUAGAUGGUUCAUAAAAAAAAAACCAGGUGUCAUGUUGAUGAUGAUUUGGUCUAAUCUACAGCUAAUCGAUAUGACAGACAAGCUCAUGCUCCAAAGAAUUAGCUAGAUGGUUUAAAUUGAUUGAGAAAAAACAUGUAAUCCAAGAUGCUGGGCAGGCAAUUCAACAAGGAUGGUGCAAAAGUUGGAAUUCUGAAGCCCCCAUGGGAAAUCAUGUGGGUCAAUUCACUGCUUCAGUGCCAACGUCAGGAUUGGUGGGUGCAGGUCAGUUAAGGUUAUGGUGAAAGCAUUAAAUAAACUUAUCUACUAUGUUUCCUUGUGAUGAUAGCAUGCAGGUCUCAUAUUAAUAUUUCACAUGACACUCUUGGGGAAACCCCAGGCAGUAGGCAAAGCCUUUAGGAAAACAACACAAGCACUUCACUGCAUGUGCUUUACUGGGUACUGAUAAUAACAGAGCUGGCAACUACAUGGUGAGAGGUGGGGUUUGGUUCAUGACAUUUGAUAUUUUGUGUUGAACAGCCUUGGACGAUGCAUGGAUCAUCCACCUGCCCACACUGCUGUCACAGGAAAAGAAGGUUGAAUUUUAUGAGUUCUUGUGAUUCAGGUGAAAGGAUCAGCUCAAGAUUUACUUUCCUCACAAAUGCUUUCCGACCACCCGCUUUUCCUCAACAAUAAGAUUUUCAUGUCUUUAACUAUUUACCUAUUGGUUUUCGGUCGGUUCAUCAGUCGGUUUCUGCUUUGGAAAAUAUCAUUUUCGCUUUUGAGAUGAAUGAUUGGGUUCAUAAAAUUUGCUUUCAAUUCGAGAUCGGUCCAAUGCCUUUGCUUC